ACUGCGGGCUGCACCAAAGUUUUCAGUUUCUCAGAUCUCCGCCCCUCCAUGAAUGUUAUAUAGUGAAACCUAAAACGGCAGCAGGCCUGUAUUUGGUGUCCCACUCUCUUCUUGAAACUGUCAUUGGACAGCAUUAUGAAAGCUUGACAUUUGGGAAACAGUGUCCAUCCACUUUGCCUGCAUUCGAGCACCAAGCAUCUGUCAGCUCAGAACACGGUCCACCCAUCAAGUGCUUGAUCCGGGAUGUUGAUGGAGCAGGUCUCUGUAAAGAUGUGGGCACAACAGUCUCUGAUUUCCCAUUGCCUGGCCAGACUGAGUCCCAUUUCGUCCAGACCAGACAUUAGCCAGGAGCAGUCCUAAAUCUAAGCUCGGCCAGCAUGGCUGCCAUCCCAACCCUGCCUCCUCUCCUCCUGGGACAAUCACAGCACCUGCCGUCCUGCCUGGUCCCCUUAAUCUGGCCGGGUGGAUCGUCUCAAGGACGCACAGAUGACAUGGAGAACAUGUCCAAGGUGGAACCCUCCAAUGGGCACAGCAGGCCCCUGGACAUCGUGCCCAGUACAGAGGAGAAGAUGACAGACAGGGGUCAGUGGGGCAACAAGCUUGAGUUUGUUCUGUCAGUGGCUGGAGAAAUUAUUGGCCUUGGGAAUGUCUGGCGUUUUCCCUACCUUUGUUAUAAGAAUGGAGGAGGUGCCUUCUUCAUCCCAUACCUCAUCUUCCUGUUUGCUUGUGGGAUCCCUGUCUUUUUCCUGGAGACAGCUCUGGGUCAGUACACCAGUGAGGGAGGCAUCACCUGCUGGAGGAAAAUCUGCCCAUUGUUUGAAGGAGUGGGUUAUGCCACCCAGGUGAUUGUUGCUCUGCUUAACAUCUACUACAUCGUUGUGUUAGCCUGGGCCAUCUUCUACCUGUCCAACUCCUUCACCUGGGAUCUGCCCUGGGCCUCCUGCAACAACACCUGGAACACAGAUUCCUGUAUGGCAUUUCAGAGGGGGAAUAGCUCCAUCAAUCACCAUGAGAACACCACCUCUCCUGUCAUUGAGUUCUGGGAGCGAAGAGUGCUGAGAAUUUCCUCGGGUAUUGAUCACAUUGGCACUCUGAAUUCUGAUCUGGUUGUCUGUCUGGCCAUUGCAUGGGUCAUCUGCUACUUCUGCAUCUGGAAGGGAGUCAAGUCUACUGGCAAGGUGGUUUACUUCACAGCCACCUUCCCUUAUGCUAUGCUACUGGUCCUGCUGAUCAGAGGGGUCACCUUACCAGGAGCCUCCAGGGGAAUCCACUUCUAUCUCUACCCCGACCUCGGACGGCUGUCUGACCCACAGGUAUGGAUGGAUGCUGGAACUCAGAUCUUCUUCUCCUAUGCCAUCUGCUUGGGUUGCCUCACCGCUCUGGGAAGCUACAACAAAUAUAACAACAACUGCUACAAGGAUUGCCUGUCCCUCUGUUUCCUGAACAGUGGUACCAGUUUUGUUGCAGGUUUUGCCAUCUUCUCCAUCCUGGGCUUUAUGUCCUACGAGCAGAACGUGCCCAUCUCAGAAGUGGCUGAAUCUGGUCCAGGUUUGGCCUUCAUAGCCUAUCCUCGAGCUGUGUCCAUGAUGCCUUUCUCCCCUCUAUGGGCCUGUUUUUUCUUCAUUAUGAUUGUCUUUCUGGGACUGGACAGUCAAUUUGUGUGUGUGGAGAGCCUGGUGACAGCCAUGGUGGACAUGUAUCCCUCCACCUUCCGGCGUAAAAACCGCAGGGAGCUCUUCAUCCUGGCAGUGGCUGUGGUGUCCUUCCUCAUGGGGCUCAUCAUGCUGACAGAGGGAGGCAUGUACAUCUUCCAGCUCUUUGACUACUAUGCAGCCAGUGGGAUGUGCCUGCUCUUCGUGGCUGUUUUUGAGACUGUUUGCAUCGCUUGGGUUUAUGGUGCCGACCGUUUCUAUGACAACAUAGAGGACAUGAUUGGCUAUCGCCCUAGCCCUGUCAUCAAAUACUGCUGGCUUUUCUUCACCCCUGCAACAUGCUUUGGAACCUUUGCUUUCGCCUUGAUCAAGUACUCACCUCUGAAGUACAACAAUGAAUAUGUAUACCCAUGGUGGGGCAAUGGCAUAGGCUGGAUCCUGGCCCUGUCCUCCAUGCUGUGUAUCCCUGUCUGGGUAGCAGUAAAACUGUACUACACCUCUGGAACACUGCGAGAGCGCCUUGCUCUCUUGACCACUCCUUCCACCGAGUUACCGAAGACAAAGCAGGAACAGGAGAAGCUGCUGGCCAUCUUCGCAGCAGACGGCGACAGCCUCCAUCAGAAAUCACCUCCCACUAAGGACGGCUACUUCCCUGUUGAUGAAAAGGAGUCUCAUUGCUAGAGACUUGAGGGUUGGAAUCAGAGCCUUAUAGGGGUCAAAGGUCACUCCUCAGCUUUGACACUUUAUCUGGCCCCAUCCCAUCUCUCUCUGCAAUACCUCACCAGACGAGGUGGCAAAACAGGCACAGCGCAGACUUUAAGAGUCACCUGACCUGUAACUGCUGACCUGCUGCUGGAGCCUUCUCCUUUGUACACUGCCUUCAACAUACAGUAUGAUGGCAUCAGCAUUCUUACUUAAAGAGUUACAUCCUAUUUUGGAAAGUUGGUUACCAUCUCAUUUGCCAGUGGCAGAGUCACAUGUAUAUUGCCAUUGUUGUUACACAGUGGCUAAGAAUUUACAUUUGAUCGUGUCUGCUUUCUAAGGAAGCAUUUUUUUUCUGUUAUGGACAUCUCUAAUGUUCCGGUAGUCUGACAUGACAUUCCAGUUACUUUAUUGAUUCUAACAGCUAUCUGCUGCAAAUGGAGCACAAGAGAUGUCACAUGAGUGCACAGAUCCUAAAAGUUCACUUGAAUAAAAGCUAUGAGCGUUUAAAAGCACUUAUGUAAUGUAUACAGAGUACAAACGUAUUGUGUAUUCCAUCCAUCAAUCCACUCAUGCUGACAGCUCAGUUUUUACUGUAUGGUAGAGAGUUAUCACCUCAGGAUGUAAAAUUUUCUAAUAAAAAAAAAUCAUACAGAUAACUAAUACUAAUAACCAAUGCUCUUGCUAACCAAAAGGCAAGAAUUGGAUUAUAAAUUUACAUGUAACUGAACUGACCACAACUCAACUUAAUUAAGCUUUGCUGUUGUUUUAUUAUCUUCAUUAAUUCAAUAUGUUUUCAUUUCUUUUGUUUCACUGAACAUUGCAGAAUUGCAUGAUUGUGUUACAUGCUUUUUUUCAGUCUUCUGAGUAUUGACAUGAUUUUAAUUUAGUCAGUUUUGCCUUAUCGCUAAUGCAUUGAAUCGUAUGAAAUUAAAAUGUAAAGUGCCCGAAGGAGACAGUUAGAUAACAUGAAGAGGGCAGGCUGGUUGAAGGGUUUCAUUCCAAAACGAACAUCUCUCUUGUCAUCUCUUUUUCUGCUGUAUAAUAAUGAACGUCAGCAUGUGUUUCUUUAGAUGUUGGAAUGAAUAUAUGAUCAUUGAUCACUGAUAGGGAACACUUUUACAUAUAUAACUUUUAUAUGCUAAAAUAUUUUUUUUAUGACUGAAUAAAAAAAUACCUUAAUUUGAAACAUGCAUUUCUGUUGAAAUAUAUGUUUAUAUGUUGUGGGACAUACAAUUCAUUAUUCACUAGUCUUAAAUGAAUUUAUGUCUAUUUUGAUGAUCAAAAAAGAAAUAUUCUAAAUUUCAGCAACACAGUCCUCAUUUACAGGAACAUCUCAUUCUUGAAUAAUAGUGCAUUACCUAUAUUUUAUACCUCACUUGCUAUCAGGUAAUCUUUUAAAGUAUUUAGGGAUGUUAUGGUGUAUGUAAGACGAUGUGCUGUCUUCAAAAAUGUUUUGUUUUACAUAACUUUGCAUUUAAAGCAAUGCAUUACUAAGUUGCGACAUGUACAACAAAGUAAAAUACAAUAUCUUUUAUCUUGUGGGCAGUUUUAGUGUAAAUGAUUAACACUUUAUAGUCUAUUGUUUCUUAAUUCCCUUGAAAAAUUUCUAAUAAUAAAUAAGCAUUUGAAGAUAUGUCAAGUGUUAAGCAUUGCCAUUAGUGUAAUUUAUGUUCCAUAAUUAAAUGGUAAAAAUAUGUGUAACACAUUGUAAUAUAGACAAUACAAUGUAGUAUAUGUCUAGACUCGAUGUGUGAACAGUUGUUAGCUGCUGCAGUCCAUCCAUCCAAUAACAGACUAUAUAAUUUAUUGAAUUACUUUUUUAAUGAAUAGUGUAUUAUCAUUAAAACAUUUUACCUAAA